GUGACUUCCGUUUAUAAAAAAAAAAGAAAAAAAAGAAGCGAGUGUGGGGUAUGCGCAAUCAAAAGGCGGUACGUGAUUUGCGCAGCGGAACGCGGAAGGGGAAUCGCUUCUGUCUUGGUACGUAAUUCCGAGUCGCUGUGUACCGGGGGAUGGGCCCGGUUCUCGUGGAAUGCUGCCCGUGUUUUCCUUGCUGGGGAUUCGGGAGUCGCCCGGCGGCCGGCGGCGCACGCACACACGCCACUGGAUUCAACGUGGACACGGCUCCGUGGAUAGAAGCGGCCACAGCGGAAGACGUGUUGCUCUCGAACGGGUCGGGAGACGCGGACCCACGCGCGCGCUCGUGUCGUUUGAUUAGUCCAUUCAUUCCUCAGCUGGUCGGUUAACGGCGAGGCGUUCACGGACUUGUCACCGCAUCUCUUUUGGGGUCGGAGGACGAGGCUGACGAGGCGGUUCUCCAGUCGGAGGGCAUCGACUAUGGGCGAGGAGGAGGAACCGAUGCAGUGGUUCACGUCCAGGCAGCGUCAAAACACAGGGCAGUGAUGCCUGGCAUGGUGAUGUUUCGGCGGCGCUGGUCAGUCGGCAGUGAUGACCUGGUGCUGCCCGCCCUCUUCCUUUUCCUUUUACACUGCAUCUGGUUGGUGGUUCUGUCCGUGGUUCUGUUCGGCCUUCCUUAUGGCUCAGACCAGUCCUGCUCUAUAACCCUGGUGGACCACGGCCGAGGGUAUCUUGGCAUUUUGGUCAGCUGCCUCAUCUGUGAGAGCGCCAUCAUGUGGUUGAGCAUGAGGGGCAGCAUCCUGUACACGCAGCCCAGGGAAGCUGUGCAGUAUGUCAUCUAUAUCCGACUAGCUAUCCUGUUGGUUGAGCUCGUGUAUGCAGUGGUGGGAAUUGCCUGGCUUGUUCAGUAUUACCAGCCAUGCUCUGAUGUCACCGCCAAGAACCUGGCUUUGGGGAUCGUUGCAUGCAACUGGCUAGUGAUAUUCAGCGUCUGCAUCACUCUCAUGUGCACUUUUGAUCCAACUGGUCGGACAUUCGUCAAACUGAAAGCAACUCGCCGGCGUCAACGAAACCUCACAACAUACACGCUCAGACACAGACUUGAGGAAGGUCAAGCCAGCAGCUGGAGCAGAAGACUAAAAUUCUUCAUGUGCUGCACAAGAGCACAGGAUACACAAUCAGAUGCAUAUUCAGAGGUGGCAAGCAUUUUUGCAGAGUUCUUCCGAGACCUGGACAUUGUGCCGAGUGAUAUUAUUGCUGGAUUGGUACUCCUGCGUCAGACGCAGAGAUCUAAAAGAUCGUCUAUAUUGGACCAGGGAAACAAUGAUAUAUUAGCCUUCCUUUCUGGGAUGCCUGUUACACGAAACACUAGAUAUCUGGACCUGAAGAACUCGACCGAGAUGGCCAUGUACAAGGAUGUGUGCGACUACAUGUUGUUCGCUCUCGCUGCGUACGGCUGGCCCAUGUAUCUGAUGAGGAAGCCAGCCUGCGGACUGUGCCGCCUCGUUAGCACCUGCCCCUGCACGUCCGUGUCCGGCUCGCGUUUGUCCCAGUCAGUGACAGUGGAGGAGGACAAUUGUUGUAGUUGUAACGUUUUGGCCAUACGCAGAUAUUUCCUGGACGAGGAGCGCAAGCAAGUUCACAUUGUCUACACGUCCUGUCAUGAUGCUGUUUACGAGACCCCAUUUUUUGUGGCAGUGGAUCAUGAGAAGAAAAAGGUGGUCAUCAGUAUCAGAGGAACCCUAUCUCUAAAGGAUGCUUUGACUGAUCUGACGGGGGAUUCUGAGCGUUUGCCGGUGGAGGGACAACAAGGGACCUGGCUUGGUCACAAGGGGAUGGUUUACUCAGCAGAGUACAUCAAGAAGAAACUGGAGCAGGAGAUGAUAUUGUCACAAGCCUUUGGGAGAGACUUGAACAAGGGCACCAUGCAUUACGGGCUGGUGAUUGUUGGCCAUUCUCUUGGUGCCGGAACUGCUGCUAUUCUCUCCUUCAUGCUGAGACCCCAGUAUCCCACACUUCACUGCUACUCUUACUCCCCACCUGGUGGCCUUCUGAGCGAGGAUGCCAUGGAGUACUCCAAAGAGUUUGUCACCUCUGUGGUACUCGGAAAAGAUCUGGUGCCAAGACUGGGCUUAUCGCAACUGGAGGGGUUCCGUCGCCACCUUCUAGAAGUCCUACAGAAAAGUAACAAGCCAAAGUGGAGGAUCAUUGUGGGAGGCACCAAAUGCAUCCCAAAAUCGGAGCUUCCACUUGAGGAGGAUGAUCCUCCGACUCAGCAAGCAGCACCCCCCAGCAGUCGCCUGUGGCUCCACCCAAGUGACCUCAGCAUCGCCCUCUCCGCCUCGACUCCCCUCUACCCUCCUGGCCGAAUCAUCCAUGUGGUUCACAACCAUCCUCCAGAAACCUGCUUUGGUCAGGAAGAGCCAACAUACUCGGCUCUUUGGGGGGACAACAAGGCUUUCAAUGAGGUCAUCAUAUCACCUGCCAUGCUUAAUGAGCACAUGCCUCUCAUGGUGAUGGAGGGCCUCAACAAGGUGCUAGAGAACUACAACAAGGGAAAAACAGCGUUGCUGUCCGCAGCCAAGAUCAUGGUGAGCCCGACAGAAGUGGACUUGAACCCAGAGAGCGUGUUCAUGGCUGCGUCCAACACGGCCCAGCAGCCGACGCCUACAGCCCACCAUCGCAGGAACAACAGUGUUCGACAAAAAACAUUGUCACGUUCGUGUGCCCAGUCUGAAAUAUCUCUGGAUGGUUUCUCUGAGUGUCCUCCUCCUCCAGUACCCGUAGUGUUGCGUGGAGCACGAGAGCGCCUCACUGUAGAACUUAGAGACCGCAAAGCUCCCCUGGCUGUCAUGGAAAGCUUGUCAGACGCCGAAUCCGUAUACAGUCUGGAUUCCCGGCGCUCUUCUGCCGCGCUUAGAGGUUCCCCAUUGCUCAGUAGCCUCCCUUUUCCUUUGGAUGCCACCAUUCCAGAAGAGAACCCGUCUCUCAGCUCUCGUACUGAACUACUGGCUGCUGACUGCCUUUGCCAGGCCACACCAGAGCACCUGGGAGAAAUCAGCCCUUUCUUUACGCCGUCAGAUGCUGCAUCCAAACCGGAGUACUCCAUGCAGCUGUCCCCUGCCAUGCCUCGCUACAGUGGACAGUAUUCCCCUCAGCCUCUCAUGCCAGAGCAGAACCCAUACCCCCAAAUUUCUGUUGAUGUGCAACAGAUGCCUGGCAUCUACAGCCCAGGUAGCACUCCCGACGCUUCCCUCAGUCCGCAGAUUGCUUCUAGACCAAUGGAUGGAGACAUGGAUCAGUGGGACUUCUGCCCAGAGACCAGGCAGGUAAACACUCCUCCUCCACCCCAGCUAUCCAACGGAAACCCCAGCAGAACAGUACUAGAAUUUGCCCAGUAUUUGGACUCUCUAUUCAGGUUAGAUGGCAGCAGCUCACCGCCGUUGGAUCUCUCUGACGGUGAGUCUGAGUCAGGACGUGGCUCCCUCGGGCAUGUCGAAUGUUUGGCAGACGGACCGGAUGACAAACAACUUCUGGCCAGGGCAACUCUGGAGCCCAACCUGGUCCCUAAGCCCCCACGCACUUUUGCCGGAUCGGCUGAUCCUUCCUCUGGCAUCUCCUUGUCACCCUCCUUCCCUCUCUCAUCUUCUGAAGAACUCAAUGACCUUUCACCCGGUGAGGGGGUUCCACCUGCCAUGCAUUCACUACGAACAUCUCCCCCUAUCCACUGUCCUGAGGAAAACACUCUGUCCUCUAUGGUGUAGUCAGCUCUAUAAGCUACUCCGCAAUGAAGAGGUACAGUCGUCCCAGAUUUAAAAACAUAUCACAGUACGUGCAUGCAAUGGAAUGUAGUCACUCAUCAGAGAUCUAAGGACAGAGCUUGACUCUCCAGCUUUCAAAUAAUUUCCAUUCUUCAGGUGUCCUCCCCCACUUGAACUAUGUUUAUAGCAUUUUCACACUAUUGCAAUGACUGCAAAAAAGAUACCUCUCUGCAUGCCAGGGGGCUGUGCUGCUUUUGGGUGGAAAAGAACAACUGUAGCUACACAAUGCCGUUCCAAAACAAGUCGUGAGACGUCUCAGCAUAUGUUCACCCCCCUGACUCCACUUUAACGAUGCCAGGAGUAGUUACCUUAUCCUAGCAGGGAUUCAAAAACUAACACUGUAGAAAGAGCCAGUUUGCAUAGGCGCAUCUUCUCUGGUUGGUGUACUCUACUUUUUGCACCCUCAGCAGCUUCAGAAUAGUUUUUUUUUUUUCCUCUUGCUUUUUAUUUUUUACUCUUCAAUCAGGAAUGUGAAGAUGGACAUAUGUCAGUCGCUGUGACAUGACACAAUGUUCCUCAGGUCUAUUCAGAGUUGGUGUUAAGAAAAGAGAUUGUGUGUGUGGGUAAAGUCACGUGUCUUAAACAUUUAGUGAUUGUGACAAAAGUUAAUACGGACGCCUAUGGAUGUUUUUAAACUUUUUGGUUACUCUUUAUAGCGCAUGAUAUUUAUUUUGUAUUUCUUUUCAAAGAGAACUCGUCAUCAAGCCACUUGGGCUGUGUCUCAAAUUGAACACUUCCGUCAGUGCACUCCAAUAUGUACACUAUGCCCCGUUGCCAACUCAGUAAUGAAAGUAGCUAUUGGAUGUCCUAAAAGCUGUAAGAAGUGGUUAAGUGACUUCAUUUCAUUUGUAUAAUAUGCCCUUACGCAACAACUUUGCAAAUGACUUCUCCCUCUAUUUCUGAUCAACAUGUGCAAUAAACGUGAUUGUUCUGACACAUCGAUUAGUUCUAGCUUCAAUAGCUCUUUGUCUCUUUUUAAUUCCCACUGCAAGGAAGCUAACACUCUAGUAAAUCAACAAGAGUUGUGGUUGCUCACCGAGUUGACAAUCUGAAAAA